GGAUGGUUAUAACAUGCAGAGAGAGAGAGAGAGAGAGAGAGAGAGAGAGAGAGAGAGAGCGUGAUACACAGACAGACUGACAGCUGGAGGAGAUUGAGAGAGAGAUAGGGAGUGAAGAAAACAGAGGGAGAAAGUGAGACAGAUCUUCUGCAUAAACAGUGUUUCCUGGUGAAGAGAGAGAGGGAUCAGGUCUCUGCAACCUGGAGGUUCUGCACUGACAGCUUCAAUUUACCAGCUGAUUCCAGCCCGACUGUCUGUAUCUAGACUGGGCAUUCUGAGGGGACACUGGAAAUAAAAAGCCAUCUAGAUCUAAUAGUGCUGAGGACCCAAGCCUUCAGUGUUGAGCACGGAUUGGAACAAGACUCAUGUGGUAGUUCCCUGAAGAGAUGUGGCUUUCCCCUGAGUGUCUUACCAAGAAGAUGUCCCAGCUUUCUUUCAGAGUGGGGGGGAUACCUGCUUGCUGUGCCCUGGGCUUCUCUGCACAGUGAGAGGCUCUUCAGCACCACAGUGCAAAAGAGGAGGGGAGCAGCAAGGAAGAGGAAAGUAAACUGAGCAAUAGAAAAAACUAUUAUAGGUAAAGGGAUUUUCUAAAACCCAACAAGGUAAUAGAAGGAAGUGUUACGAGACUAAAAUAAAAGUGAAAGAGUAAAAUGGAAAAAAGGAGAAAAUAAGAAAAAAACGAAUUGAAGAAAAGUAAAUAAGAACGGGGAGGGAGAGAUAAAAGGAACGUGAGGACAAAGAGGAAGAACAGAACAGAAAACGAGUGAAACUAGUGACCCAUAUAGAGGAGGCAUAGCAUAGAGACUGCUUGUCCGGGCUGCGAGGCAGGGAGCGGAGGCAGGGACAUGCCCCGAGGUUCAGACGUGCACCGGGCCGCGCUGCCCCUGCUCUGCGUGCUGCUGGUGUGGGGAGGCAGGGCGGAGAGGGGAGUGAGGGGCAGCCCAGACUGGCACACACAGAGGACAGAGGAGACUGGCAGGGAGUCCACCACCCAACCCAGCCUCAACAUCCCGGAUACUGCCCCCCCAGAGCCUCGCUUCGUGGACCCCAAGAUCACCUGGCUGUUUUUCAAGAAUAAUUCCAAUAAAGGGGUGAACGGGAGGAAGGGGAACCGACACAGAGGGCAGAACCAGCAGCAUGGGCAGCCUGGCCCCCCAGGGCCUCCAGGGCCACCAGGCCCCCCCGGCCUGCCCGGCCCAGCUCUCCCUCCAGAGGAGCUGCUGGAGGAGUUCAGGGCCCUGCUGAAAGAGGCGGCAGCACACUGGGGAGACCUGGAGAUGAGUGUGCGGUGCCCGCUGUGUAGCGGCCAGGGAGACGAGCCUUUGGGGGGCACUGACAGGCAGCCCGCUCUGGCAGGCCCAUAUCACCACGUACAGACCGCCUUCCAUUGCCAGCUCAAGGGCAACAGCAUGGUGCGCAGGCGCAGUCUGCUGGAGCUCAGUGACUUCACCUUUCCAGCAGGGGGCGAUAGUCUGAUCCAGAGGGGGCAGGGCUUCAAUAUCAGCAGCGGCCGCUACACAGCGCCAGUCUCCGGCUUCUACCAGCUCACCGCUAGUCUGCUCAUCGAGCACAGGGAGUGUCACAAGAAGCUGCAGCCCAGACCGGGAGACUGUAUCCGGGUCUCCAUCUGUAUCCAGUCCCUCUGCCAGCGCAACAUGUCCUUAGAGACGAUAGCUGGAGGGGGGUCUGCUGGGAGUCUCUUCACAGUCUUGACCACCGGCACCUUAUAUCUGCAGGUUGGUCAGUACAUCUCUGUCUUUGUGGACAAUGGCACAGGCUCCGCCCUCUUUGUACAGAAGGGGUCGAACUUCUCAGGGAUUCUAUUGGGUGUGUGAUUCCUGGGGACCACACCCACUUCUUCCACCAGCGAAUCUGUGACCUUCUCCAGAAAUGCUUCAAGGAAUGUAAAAAUUAUCUUUCUUUCAAAGAGGUACAAGGCUGUCAUGAGAGUCCACCAAACCAGACAAGAGACCGCAGAGUUCACAGACAGGAACUGAGAAUGUGUCUUGGUUGUGGAUCAGAUAGCAGAGACUCCAGUUUUAAAAGCCAAGGAAGCAUUUUUGUUUUUCAGUACAGUAACUGCAGCACUGAGGCCUGCAUGGCAGUGAGAUGACUAUUGAAAACCCAGGACUGUCUUUUCACUGGCAGCGUUUUCUUAACGCAGCUCCCUGCAGUCUUGUUUAAGUUAUGUUUGUAAAUAUCUUCAAAUUAUCAUAAAUUCUAAGGUAAAAACUAAAAGGGCAUGAUUUAUUCAAGGGGAUACGCCACAGAUGGAUUUCAUUAGAGCAUUUUACAGCACUGAUGUCUUGCAUUUUCAGGGGUACUCCAUGGAUACCCCAAGUUAAGUAAAGUGCUUCAAUACGAUCCAGCUGUGGCUUUUCCCGUCGGGGUAUCUGUUGAAUUAAGUCAACCCCAAACUUAAGUAGACACACAUUCUGGCUAGUGCCGUCAUCUGUUUAAUAAAGGCACUAAAACGUUUGUCUUAUUUACCUUAUAUGUUUGUAAAUAGACAUUUGCUUUGAAAACUAAUAUUCAAAGAUGUGUAUUUUUUCAAGUUCAGCGCUGAUGUGAUAUAAUUGAAGAAUACUAGUUUCAAAUGUAAUGUUUAAUGAUAUUUUUACUACCCCUUUGGUUCAUCUAGCCUGUGUUAAACACGUGUCACAGACUAUAUCAAAAAUAUUUUUUAAAAAAACUAAGUAUUGCAUUAUGAACCACUCAGAAUGAUUGCAAAUCAUAAAAAAAACCAUAAUACAAUUUAAGUGUUUACCUAAAAACUAUAUUUAUUGCUUCUGAUCUGAAUAAAUAUUGGCAUUAUAUUGUGCUUGGUUUGUGAGGAUAUGUUGGUGUGUGUCUUUUGAAUUUUGUGUAACUGUGUGCCCUGUCUUUAAACAAUUUAAACACAACACACUCCAUUCAUUCUCAGCUCUCCAGCACUGUCAUUACCCUGCACCUUAAUAAAGGACACUAGUGUAAAGAUGCCAGUCUUGGCUCUACAGCACUGUCAGUUAAGAAUAUACUA